ACGGCCGGCUUCUUGGAGCGUCCGUCUCGCGUGGGGAUAACUGGAGCUUUGGCUUAAGUCAACUGUAUCGUGUCGGGAUCAAGUAGUACACUGUCUUGUUGCGUAGUGCGCGCUUCGGAUACGUGACGGACGUCCUUCAGGCAGAUCGGAGCUAAGGGAGGACACCCCGGAAAUCGACGGCGGAAAGACAGCGCGGAAGAGGACUCGCUUAUUAAUGCGUUAAGGCAGAAGAUAUGCGACUCUACGCUGUUGCUCUUGUCAUAUGGGCGGCAACAAUAACAGCAUUCUCGGAACCCAACGUCGAAAAUUUGAGUGACGAGAAGGCUGUCGAUUACACGGAGCCUCGUGAUUUGCCGAAGAAGCAAAUAGCGCAGUUUUACGUGACGGGCACAGAAACGAGGAAUUCCAGGCAGACGGGCACCGGGGAUCAUUCUGAUGCCGGUUCGAGCGGAUCGGUAACUCGUACCGACGAGAAAGGCUCGAAUGGCUUUCCUGCGAGCGAUUCUUCCACAUCAGAGGCGAUCUACGCGACGCCACUCGCUGAAACGAUCGACGAAUAUUCGUUUAAAGAACUGAGUCGCGAAUCCGGAUAUACCCUGCCCGAAGAGAUCCUUCUCGUCGAGAAUGCCGGCAGUUUUGGACAGAGGCUGCGGCAGGAUCAUCCGAGCGGCAGGACCAUUGUCAGGAAUACCGUUCAGAUUGUCGACGAUAAUCAAAAGGACGACGAGUACCGGAAGUCUUUUAGUAGCACCGCCUUGCCACUCAAAGACAAGGGCGAUCGAGCUUACACAUCGGUUACGUCGGAACCUUAUGUGUUCGCAUUGAAGAAAGGGAGCGAUUCGGCAGACGAUCUUCCAUCUUUCAACAACUCCGAGGUGAUCGAAUCCAAAGAGUCUAGUACAGAGAAAAUUUUCCACGUCGAAAUUGUGACAGAAAGAUCUUCGACACCAGCCGAAAUCAAUGUCACUUCGAUUCUAGAAGAGAAUGACGUCGUGCCAGAGGAUAAUCAGACAUCAAGAGCAAGAUCGUCCCGAGCGUACAACGAUACCGCGAGCGAAGCCACGGAGAUCGCUGCGGAAUCUAUGGAGAAGAGCGUCGUGCAAGUAUCAUCGUCGACUUCCGUGGAAAUCAGUCCGUCGUUGCAACCGGUGAAAUUCUCAGGUCCCAUCGUAGUACCUGAUCCGAUUGAUAGAGAGACACCGGAGAUGAUGGUUGAUUAUCUCGACGAUAGCGAGGCCGAAACGUACAGGUCGGUCGAGAACGUUGACAUUAUGCCAAGAAAUUACGCCAAAGACUCUACUUCCGCUGCUUCCAAUGGCAUAGAGGCUUCCUCGAUCAUGUUGAACCCGUUGCAGGUCGGAAUUGCUCUGAUGAACGCCGAUGAGAUAGGUUCGAUGGAUGAUAGUGAGCAAUCUGCUGCGAACACCAAGGACUAUCUCCAGGAUUAUCUUCAGGACGAUCUACAACGUUUGUCGACGGUGGAUAAGAAAUUCGUCGAGAGCGACAUCGAAAAUCGAUCGCGCAUGGAUUAUAAAGAUGAGAGUUUUCAACGUGAGAGAGAGGGAGAGAAAUCAUCGAUUGAAGCUGUUACACAAAAGUUACCCGAAAAUUCCGUCGAGAUUCAAAAGUCCGUCGAACUUUAUCAUACUGCACCGGUGCAUGAGAUCCACUAUCCUCCAGUAUACAUCCAGCAGACCUCCAACCUUGGUGUCAUCGAGACGAACAAUAUCGGGAGAUCGAAUCAACCGUACGGUCAGGAUGAGCAAUCAGAAUCACGAUCAAAUUACAAUGUUUAUCGAGGUAACGAACAGAGCAUCGAGAAGAGUGUCAUUAAGCCGCACGCGUCCGAGCAGAAGCUCACUCGACAUCAAUACAACGCUCUCGAGGACGAUCUUGGUAAACCGACGGCGUCGGCCGUGAUCGCCGAAUACACGUCAAACUCCGAGCAAGCACCUGUCGAGUUGCCACCAUACAAGUACAACGACGUGCAGCCGGUUCUGCUGAUACCGAAUCAGUUCGAUGACACGUCGUACGAUCAGUCCAACGUGCGACAUAGCUUUAACGAUAACGGCAACGAAUCACCGCACGCCGUAAAGGUCCUCACCUAUGCAGGUACUACGAGGCAGGAAUCAGCGAACGAGGCAUAUCGGUCCGAGCAACAGCAACAGCAACAGCAACAGCAGCCGCAGCCGCCGCAAGCGAGUCAGCAGCCGAUAAUCGAUCAUCAGUUUCGAACGCCGUAUGUGAGACGACCGGAAGAGCAGUUCCUCCUCAAGAUCAUUCCCGAAGGCUCGUCCGCAAACGAUGCCUUCGUGGUGCCGAUCCCACGACCCUAUCCAACGAUCGAGAAGAUUAUCGAGAAGACAGUUCACGUGCCGCACCCAAUUGAAAUUGAGAAAGUAAUCGAGAGGAAAGUGCCAUUCCCGGUGGAGCGGCUGGUCGAAAAACGGGUGCAGGUACCGGUGUCAGUGGCGAUGCCGCAGCUGUAUCCUGUGCACGUGCCGAUGGUUGAGAAGCAGAUACGCGUGCCGCAUAUCUAUCCGAUCCACGUUGAGCGACUCAUUGAGAGGAGGGUGCCAUAUACGGUCCAGCGGCUGUUGGUGCAGCCUGCUGCUGGUCAGUAUUCAUCGCUGCAGCUGCGACUACCGGAGAAGCCGACGGCGGCACCCAUACGUCUAUCACCCACCUCCCGGCCGUAUCGCGCGGGCACGGAAAGACCGAUCGACAGCGGCGGCUCGAUCGACACGAGCAAGGUCAACGAUAUUCAAGUCAAGUAUCGACAGAAGCCGGUCUCCGCGACUUCUCGCGGAGGCGGCGAUUCCGCCGCGUUCGAGCCGCAGAACAAGACGAACGUGUCACAGUUGUCACACAGCAUCCCUCCUUAUGGGCGACCGUUGAUAUACGAUUAUAAUCUCGACGUCGGCAAGAGCUACGUGCCCUUCACCGAUGUCAAACUGAUGAUACUGCCGAGGAAAUACAAUAGCCACGUGGUACUGCGACCGCAGACGGUCGCAUCGUCGACGUACGCGGCGGUAUCGCCAUCCUUCCGACCGCAGAUUGUGUAUAAUCUCGUGGAGAGACCCAAGACGAGCAAAGACGAGUACCUGGGUCCCGUGCCCCCGCGCAAGAUCUCGCAGAGCAAGCCAAAGUCGCCGCCGUUCACGGCGAGCGUCGCGCAACCCUCGACGACUACCGCUGCUCUGAGGAGGUCUAGACAGCCGGAAACGCAAGUCUAUCCCGGAAGUUUCAGGCAAUCGAAGAUGGAGUAUGGCUUCAAGCCACCUAUGGUACCGUCCGUACAGUAUGACGAGUUGACCGCCACUCAAGUGGAGAAUUAACACGAUCGUUUAUAAUAGCACAAUCUAAAUAGUAGAAGGCUCUUAAAAGACAAGUUAUAUAUUAGAUAAAAGAAAGGAGAAAUAUUUUAGAUAUUUUGCGUUAUUCAGAAUUAUAAAAAAAAAAAAAUAAAUAAAAACUAAUGAAUUGACAAAGAAGAAUUAAUUUAUAAUUCUUCGUAGCGAAAAAGAUUCGCUUUGAAACGCAAAUUUUAUCAUUUUAUUCUCUGUAUAUUUAUUAUUGGAAAUUUGCGUUUUGUAAUUUAUCUUGAUUUUAAUAGUGAUCUAAAUUGCUUUUUUCACAGUUUAUGUUAGUUACUAUAUGUUAUAUAUUUUAUAAUAAGAUGUUAUAUUUUAUAUUUUAUAUUAGCGUAAAAUGAAGAUAUCUGAAAUUGCUAUUGCAAAAUAUUGUUAAAUAAUAUAAUGAAAGUAAAGCGAUGUAUAGUUCGCACAAAAAUAACAUUUACAAUUUUUUAUAUUGUUGUCCAUAUAAAUAAUAACUACUUAGAUUUAUUACAUAUUAAAAAUAAUUGCAUAUUUAAGACUCGUCUUGAUAGAGAAAAAAGUAAUAUUAUCAGAAUCAAUACUUGCUUAUUAGGCAACGAUCAACCUGCUUAAAGUUAAAGCACACUUAUCGUAGCGUUUAAAAGCAAGUAGUGUUGAUGUUUUUACGUUCGGCUACGAGAUCAUGUUUCGGUUUUGUUGUUGGUAUGUAAUGUGUUCAAAAGUCUCUUUAUCCGAGUUUCUCGUAGAUAGACAAAAAUUUUAGAAAAAUUUUUACGUAAAAUAACGAAAGAAAGAUUCAAUUACCGAAAUAUUUUAAUUGCAGAAUAAUAAGAUUUUUAUUUUUUACCGCAACAAAACAUGAGUUUAUAAACAAGCUACAUAAACAUUAUUUGUUUACGGCGGAUUAAAUUGAGAUCGCCAAUCACGUUGAAAAGAAACUGAAGUUUUAUUCAAUUAAUUAGCAGUUAUUGGCUGUGAAAGAUCGAAAUAAAAGUCGAAAUUAAUAUUACUAGGACAUUGCGGAGAACUCGUUGAAUUCGAUGUAUUUUAUACUACGAGCCUAAUUGACAUCGUUUUUCCGAGUUAUCGAUUUAAUAUCAUGCAAAUUAUAAAGAUGAAAUAUUUAAAUAUGCAUAUGUAAGUUUUGUACAAUAUAUUUUCUACUUUCAUAUAUU